AUUAUGGGCAUGGCAUCAGCUAGGUCUACAGUUUUGGUUGAUUCAUUCCGCUACAUACCACCUGGUACCAAUGAAAGUUUAUGCCAAAUUUAUGAAUAUCCACCGACAACACCUCAACCGGUGACUACAACUGAACCAACAACUACUCCUGAAUCUACAACUACUCCAGAACCUACAACUACUCCGGUACCUACAACUACUCCAGAACCAACAACUACUUCGGAACCUACAACUACUCCUGAACCUACAACUACUCCGGAUCCUACAACGACUCCGCGACCUAUAACUACUCCGGAACCUACAACUACUCCGGAACCUACAACUACUUCGGAACCUACAACUACUCCGGAAUCUACAACUACUCCGGUACCUACAACUACUCCAGAACCAAUAACUACUUCGGAACCUACAACUACUCCUGAACCUACAACUACUCCGGAUCCUACAACGACUCCGCGACCUAUAACUACUCCGGAACCUACAACUACUCCGGAACCUACAACUAUUUCGGAACCUACAACUACUCCGGAACCUAUAACUACUCCUGAACCUACAACUACUUCGGAACCAACAACUACUCCAGAAUCAACAACUACUCCAGAUCCUACAACGACUCCGCGACCUACAACUGCUUCGGAACCUACAACUACUUCAGAACCUACAACUACUCCUGAACCUACAAUUACUUCGGAACCUACAACUACUCCUGAACCUACAAUUACUUCGAAACCUACAACUACUUCAGAACCUACAACUACUCCUGAACCUACAAUUAAUUCGGAACCUACAACUACUUCAGAACCUACAACUACUCCUGAACCUACAAUUACUCCGGAAUCCACAACUACUCUAAAACCAACAACUAUUUCUGAACCAGAAACUACUGCAAAACUAACCACAACACCGCGGCCAACUACCAUAAUCGAACCAACAGUAACUAGCCCGGAGUCUACGACUGCAAGUGCUUGUGUUAGACCACCUAUUGAUGCGGGAGAUAAUACAUCGUUUUGGAACAAAAUAAUCAUUACGUUUAAUAAUAAUAUAAAUAUUAAUAAUUAUUCACAUUACAAAUAAUUGAUAUAAAAUUUGAAAGUACUUAUUAGUUUUAACAUGUGUUAUGUUUUACGAAUUCGGACGAAAAGGGCUGUAUUACUUCUAUUAGACGCGGAGUUUUUAUACCUCUAAAAUAACUCCAAUAAUAUUUUUGAAAUAUAGAAU